AGAAAGCUUGACGGGCAACAGAGUGGGCUUUUACGCAUGCGCGCUUGACUUUCUCCGUUCCUUGACGCUUGCUUUCCGCCCUUCGUGGAAGAUGGCUUCCCGCGCGGGACCCCGCGCCACGGGGACGGAUGGCAGCGAUUUCCGACACCGGGAGCGUGUGGCCGAGCAUUACCAGAUGAGUGUGUCCCUCAAAUCUGAGAUUAAGAAGUUGAUCUACAUGCAAGUGGCGCUGUGGCUGCUGGUGGCAGCGCAGAUGUGUGUCGCUCACCUCAAGUUGCUGUCCCACGAUCAGGUGGCCAUGCCCUAUCAGUGGGAAUACCCAUACUUGCUCAGUAUCAUCCCUUCGCUCUUUGGCCUCCUCUCCUUCCCCCGAAACAACAUCAGCUACCUGGUGAUCUCCAUGAUCAGCACAGGCCUUUUCUCGGUGGCACCUCUCAUCUACGGCAGCAUGGAGAUGUUCCCCAUGGCUCAGCAGCUCUACCGUCACGGCAAGGCCUACCGCUUCAUCUUUGGCUUCUCCGCCGUCUCGGUCAUGUACUUGCUGGUCGUGAUUGCUGUGCAGGUCCACAGCUGGCAGCUUUAUUACAGCAAGAAGCUCCUGGACUCCUGGUUCACCAGCACACAGGAGAAGAAGAAGAAAUGAAGAAAUGGCUCAGAGUUGCAUGCAUGUGGGGCAUCGUCUCAGGGCUGGGAGCUGGAGGUGUUGCUCAGGCAAAGGCAGAAUGGGUUUUUUGUCCUCCCCAUCCAGUGGAUAGGUGAUGCCAAAGAUCCUAUGUAUGCUGAGUGAGAGUUAGCCUGUACCUUGGCAUCUUUCAGCUAGGGCUGGGAGACGCACAGUAUGGACAACUUUCCUUGGGAGGGACUUAAGGGUUCUUCGGUCUUGAGAGGCAGCCGAUGCUGUCCAGCAACAGGCCAUCCUCAUGCGGCUGAAAGUGCUGGGAGCUCACAAUGAGUGGAUUUGGAUGCUGAACCGGUCAAAGGCAUCUCCAAGCUUAAGAGACUGAUGGUCUUUAGCUGUGCUGUAGCCUGUGAGAUACUAGUGGGAUGGGAUAAUAAAUCAUGCUGAGGCUGGGAUACCUUGCGUAUGCUCAUCCUGGAGCUCUCAAUAGGGAAUGCUCUAGGCCCCAGCCCUGUAGAGAGGGACGUGCCCCUGUGCAGUGAUCCCCACCCCACCCCAGGGAUGAGCCACUUUGCUGUGGGGGAAGAAGACCUCUUGAGCUGCUGUUUUUAGCCAGGAAGAAAGUGGCUUCCAGCCAGAUGUCAUUAUGCUGUGCUUUUUCCUCUUUGCUCACCCACAGAGGACCAGUUUGUGGGACCAGUGCCACGUCUCUGAACCUGGCCUGCUUUGCAUCUUCAUGCAGACCCUCACAGCUUUAGGAUUCCAUCCUUUUUCAGAUGUUCCCUUUUCCUCAGACAGCAUAGUUCCCUCCACCCUGAGACAAUGGCUACCUUCUCCUUUUUCCCAGGCACUGAAUUUUCAGCAUCCCCUCCUAUGUGCUUCUGUACCAAAUAAAGAGCUGAACUGGAA